AUGCCGCUGGCGCCGCUCAACCCCAGCCCGGGGAGCGCCAUGGACCAAACAAGCACUCGAAGAUUGAUGUUGACGGUUCAGGAUGUGGUCGGGAAGGGGUCAGAUGGGCCCCCGUUCUGGAGUCCACAGUUCACCAAAGGUUUUGUUGAAGUGAAAUUUGGUAAGAUGAGGACGGAGAAGGUGUCCACUGCUGCACAGGAUAUGGAAGACUUUGAGCUCAGCUUCAAUGAGGAACUUGCAGUGGACAUGGACGCCAACUGUCAGGAACUCGUCGUCAGCGUUGUCAGUGGAGAAGUGGACAACCCUGGCCCCGUGCUUGCCCGUUGCGGUGCGUGCAGCCUUUGGUGCUCCAAAUGUUUAAGGUGGCCAUAUCAGAUGAUGUCAAUUGGAUUGCAGUCAUCAGAACAGCCAUGA